AUGUGCUACUUGGCCACAUAUAGAAGAAGAAACCAGAAGGAACCGAUGAUAGCACAUCAAAUACCUGAACAACCAUGGCAAAAGCUAGGAACUGAUCUGUUUGAAUGUAAGGGCAAGAAUUACCUCGUUGUUGUAGAUUACUAUUCGAAGUUCAUCGAAACAGUCCUCCUUCCAAGCAAGACAGCAGGAACAGUAAUUAGACACUUGAAAUCAUUUUUUGCCACACACGGAAUCCCAGAAGACUUGGUAUCCGACAACAUGCCCUUCAAUAGCAAAGAGUUUGACGAAUUCGCCAAAAAAAUGGAGAUUCAAACAAACAACAUCAAGCCCAACCUAUGCUCAAUCAAAUGGCAUGAGUGA